AUGGUGUUUGCUGCUCUCGGCUUUAUUCUCGCGCUGUCGAUCUCCGCGCCUGGCCAGCCUGACUGGCAUAAGUUCGGCCCGGGAGAGUCGAUCCAUGAAUCCAUCCACUUGGGCCUCACCUUCGAUCACAACCCCGUCGCCUUCCUCGACAGAGGGCCUUGGCAGUGCGUCCGUCUUGACUAUCCCUCGCUCAAGCAGACGAGCGCUCCCCAGGAGCGCGCCGGUCUGACUAAGCACACCAAGCCUGCUGUUCGUGGCAAUCAGAAGGUUACCAUUGGCGACCAUGUCGGCGGUGUGCCCGUCUUGACUGUCCCUCGGAAGCAAGAGAUUCUCGUUGCUCACGAGAUUACCGAUGAGGAGCGCGUUUCCAAGCCUACCGCCCAUGUCGUCCACAAGAAGUACUCUGACCCCAAGGGCAAGAUGCCCCGCUUUGGAAUUCUCAUCCCCAGUCGGCCGCAUGAGCGAUGA